CGGGCUCUCGCCGCGGCUGUCGGUGGCUCGGCGGAGCCCUCCAACCCCAUCCCGCUCUGCUUCCAUCCCUUCCCGUCCCGUUCAGUUCCAUUGCCUGCCGGGGGCCAUGUCGCUGUUCCAGUCCGCCCUGGACUUCCUGGCGGGCCCCGGCUCCUUGGGAGCCGCCAGCCGUGACCAGAACGAUUUUGUGGGGCAGACGGUGGAGAUGGGCGACAUGAAGCUGCGCAUCAAGCGGGUCAUCGCCGAGGGGGGUUUUGCUUUUGUCUAUGAAGCUCAAGAUCUUGGAAGUGGCAAAGAUUAUGCUUUGAAGCGAUUGUUGUCUAAUGAAGAGGAAAAGAACAAAGCCAUCAUCCAGGAAGUUUGUUUUAUGAAAAAACUUUCAGGUCAUCCCAACAUUGUCCAGUUUUGCUCUGCAGCAUCUAUAGGAAAAGAAGAAUCAGACACGGGGCAGGGAGAGUUUCUUCUGCUUACGGAGCUGUGUAAAGGACAGCUUGUGGAAUUCUUAAAGAAAGUAGAAUCCAAAGGACCUAUCUCUUGUGACACAGUUUUGAAAAUCUUUUAUCAGACAUGCAGAGCAGUGCAGCAUAUGCAUAAGCAGAAGCCUCCUAUUAUUCAUAGAGACUUAAAGGUGGAAAAUUUGCUUAUUAGUAAUCAGGGGACAAUUAAACUUUGUGACUUCGGUAGUGCUACAACUAUAGCUUACUAUCCUGACUACAACUGGUCUGCACAGAAGAGAGCAGUGGUUGAAGAAGAGAUCACAAGGAAUACAACACCAAUGUACAGGACACCAGAAAUGAUAGACUUGUAUUCAAAUUUCCCAAUUGGUGAAAAGCAGGACAUUUGGGCUCUGGGCUGUAUCCUGUACUUGCUGUGCUUUAGGCAACACCCAUUUGAAGAUGGAGCUAAACUUCGCAUAGUCAAUGGAAAAUAUGUUAUCCCACAAAAUGACACUCGCUACUCUGUGUUUCAUGAUCUCAUUCGCUCCACUUUGAAAGUGAACCCAGAGGAGAGACUGUCAAUCACUGAACUUGUGAACCAACUGCAGGAGAUUGCAGCAGCAAGGAAUGUCAAUCCUAAAUCCCCUAUCACAGAGCUCCUGGAGCAAAAUGGAGGCUAUGGAAACAAUGCUCAGCCUCGGACAUCUGUGACAUCUGUUUCACAGAGCUCCAAGCCUGCAGGGCAGCUCAACAAUUUGUACAAUGCAGGCCUGACCGUUGCGGAAUGCGACCAGACUUAUGGAGGGUUCUUUGAUAUUCUGAGGGGUGGAACAGAGCGAUUUUUCACUAAUAUUAAGGAUACAUCUUCUAAAGUUAUCCAGUCUGUGGCCAAUUAUGCAAAAGGAGACUUGGAUAUAUCAUACAUCACUUCCAGAAUUGCUGUGAUGUCCUUUCCAGCUGAAGGUGUGGAAUCUGCCAUCAAAAAUAACAUAGAAGAUGUGCGGUUGUGUCUGGACUCUAAACAUCCUGGCCAUUAUGCUGUGUACAAUCUCUCUCCAAGAACAUAUAGACCUUCAAGAUUCCAUAACAGGGUUUCUGAAUGUGGCUGGCCAGCAAGACGAGCACCAAAUCUUCAGAAUCUCUAUAGCAUAUGCAAGAACAUGCAUUUAUGGCUGAAACAAGACCAGAAAAAUGUUUGCAUUGUGCAUUGCCUUGAUGGAAGAGCAGCAUCUGCUGUUGUAGUCUGUUCUUUUCUGUGUUUUUGUCGUCUCUUCACUACUGCUGAAGCUGCUGUUUAUAUGUUCAGUAUGAAACGCUGUCCACCUGGCAUUUGGCCUUCUCAUAAAAGAUACAUUGAGUACAUGUGUGAUAUGAUGGCUGAAGAACCCAUUAUCCCUCACAGCAAGCCCAUCCUGGUCAGAUCGAUUGUCAUGACUCCCGUUCCGCUUUUCAGUAAGCAGCGUAAUGGCUGCAGGCCUUUUUGUGAGAUUUAUGUGGGAGAUGAGAGAGUAACCACUACCUCCCAGGAAUAUGACAAAAUGAAGGAGUUUAAAAUUGAAGAUGGGAAAGCAGUAAUCCCAUUGGGUAUAACAGUCCAAGGGGAUGUUCUCAUUGUGAUCUAUCAUGCCAGGUCGACUCUAGGAGGACGACUACAAGCCAAGAUGGCUUCAAUGAAGAUGUUUCAGAUUCAGUUCCAUACAGGCUUUGUGCCCCGAAAUGCUACUACAGUGAAAUUUGCCAAAUAUGAUCUGGAUGCCUGUGACAUACAAGAGAAAUACCCUGAUUUAUUUCAAGUCAAUCUGGAAGUAGAGGUGGAGCCCAGAGAUAGGCCCAGCUGUGAGCAGCCACCUUGGGAUAAUAUGAAUAUAAAAGGCCUGAAUCCCAAGAUCCUCUUCUCCACCCGAGAGGAACAGCAAGAGAUUUUAUCAAAAUUUGGAAAACCAGAGUUGCCUAGACAGCCGGGUUCGACUGCACAAUACGAGGCAGAGGCAUCCCAGUUGGAGCGGUCUUCAGAAAGUGCACCUACUGAUACAGAAUCCCCACACAGUGGCAGUACUGAUGCAAACAACUUCUUUCAGUCUCUGGACUGGAAAGAAGGAAAAACUCCAGAAAGUGGAAUAGAGGAUGGUUCAUCUAAAAAUGAUUGUGUUCAGGUGUCUGAUGACAGGGAAGAGAGUGAUCCUUCAGAUGAGGAGUUCCAGACAUUUCCAGAUGAAGGAAGUGCAGUAAUUGUUGAUGAGAAAGACUCUACUCCAGAAGGAGAGUUGCUUUUUGAAGCCAGUUUUGAAGCUCCAUCUGCACCAUUACAAAAAUCUCUCCCUGAAGAGAAUGUGGACUUGCUGGGACUAGACUCUGAUAUUUCAGUAGAACAGAAACAACCUAUCUCAGAAAUAAACUCUUCAUCAAGUAAUGCUGACUUGUUGAACAAUCUGUUUGUGAGUAGUGUGUCACAGGUUUCAAACGAGUCCACUGGAGAUCUUCUUGGACAAGGAACAGAUUUCUUUUUCAGCAGUCAGCAUCCAGCUGCUACUCAGGGUUCAUCUUCAGCAGCAGCUGUGUCUUCAGCCGAUCCAUUUGACCCAUUCACAAUGUCAUCAAGCUCAGAGAAUCAAGCCCUGUCUGGUCCAGACCUCUUUGGGGACUUCCUUAAUCCAACCUCAACAUCUACAGUUAAUACAGUUCCUUCCACACAAAGUUCACUUCCACCUUCUUCCAGCUCAGAUUUCUUAAAUUUAGGCAAUUUGACACCAGAGCCACCUAAAAUAUCAUCAUCUACAAGCCACCCAGACCUCUUAAGUGGAUGGGAUUCUUGGGCAGAUUCCUCAACCAGCAAUGUAGCAGCACCACAGCUGAAGCCUGUUUGUGAAGGCCAAGCUUUUACCACUGGAAGCCAGUCCAGUGUGUCUUCAGGUUCGUCUCUUAGCCAGGCAAAAGCUCAGAACUUUGAUCCUUUUGCUGAUCUUGCCAAUCUGGGAUCUGGUCUUCCAGGUUCAUCCACUGGUGGACUCUUGGGUAGUGGAUUUAGUCAGAAGACUGCUCCAUCUCAGAAGCUGGGAAAUCAGUGGCAGAAAUGCUCCAAACCACAAAGUACUUCAUGGCAGUCCCAGACUAAGUCCAGCACUGCAGCUAAGCCCAACUACACUGUAAACUUCAGUGUAAUUGGAGGACGAGAAGAAAGAGGAGUCAGAGCUCCAAGCUUUGGUCAAAAGCCAAAAGUUUCAGAAAAUGACUUUGAGGAUCUGUUAUCUAAUCAAGGAUUUUCAGCGAAAUCUGAUAAAAAGGGACCAAAGACAAUUGCUGAGAUGAGAAAACAAGAGAUGUCUAAAGAUAUGGACCCCUUGAAACUCAAGAUUCUUGAAUGGAUUGAAGGAAAGGAGAGAAAUAUCAGAGCAUUAAUAUCCACUCUACAUACAGUGCUUUGGGAAGGGGAAAACAAGUGGAAGCCAGUCAGCAUGGCAGAUUUAGUAACUCCUGAACAAGUAAAGAAGUACUACAGGAAAGCAGUGCUUGUGGUUCAUCCUGAUAAGGCCACAGGACAACCCUAUGAGCAAUAUGCCAAAAUGAUCUUCAUGGAAUUGAAUGAUGCAUGGUCAGAAUUCGAAAACCAGGGAUCAAAGUCCCUUUUCUGAAGCUUCACCUUUCACAGAACUGCUUCCAGAAACUGGAGCUGAUCAUUGUUAUGACUUUAUUGCACCUGAGAUCUGUGAAGCGCUUUUCCACGAUUUCAGCACAGUUUCUAGUCAUGCACUUAAAUGUGGGGAUGUAUUUUGUAAGAUGUAGAGUUCAAAGCAUUACAUAGAUGCAUUAAGAAAAAAGCUGCUGAAGAAAUCACAGUCUGGGAGUAAAGGUUUCUCUUCAGUUUUGUAUAAGAAAAAUAGAAUUUGAAUGAAACUAAGUAAUAAGUGAUAGGCUAGUAUUAGUUAUAAAUCAUUCCGACUUAAUUGAUCUUUGCUGUUCCUCUACCGUCCCAAAUUUGUCUGUUACUGCAAGUAGUUUUGUGAUUCAACUUUGAUAUUUGGUGCCUGUCGCCUUUUUCAAAGUGCUUUAGUUAGCAGCAGUGAAUUUGCUUGGCUUAUCUCAAACCUAAGGGUGUAUAUUUUCAUCUGUAUUUUAUAUAAUCCAUCUGAUAAUCUUUCUGUAAAUAAUGUUUUCUGGUAAUAUCUGUGUUCUUUACAGUAGACUAACAGUUUGUUUAGCCAAAAAGACACCACAUGUGGGAAAGUCAGGGUUGUUCUUGAUUUUUUUUUUUUUUAAGUUUUCUUUUUUUUUACAUAUCAUGAGUCUAAAAAGAAAUUUUGACUCUGAGGUCUGCAUGUUCCUGCUGUUUUGUUUAUUUAUUGCAGUACUCUGACCUGUGCUUAUUUUCCUAGUUUGUUAAAUGGUGUCUUUUGUUUCUGAAUUCAGUGGAAUGUUCCUUUCAUUGCACUUCAAAUACUCUGAUAGAAACAAUUUUACUCUGAAACUUGAAGUGUAAGCACAAAACUUUUACUGUGCUUUGAUUUGUCUGAGUAUUAAAUCACUCAUUAUCAUCUGGUGAGCAUUUAAAGUGCUUUAACAAACAUUUUGCUGCAUGUUUGAACUUUUUUUGAGAUACGCAUGGAAUCAGUGCAUGUGAAAACAUGGCGUGUCUUGGUAUACUGUUGAAUUUCUGCUCACCUAUUUCCAUGCACUGCUUAGUGCAAGAUGAGUAGAGACACAACUUGGUAACAAAACUUGCCAUGUUUUCUCAUCCCUGUUCAGAAGGCACUUUUUCACUAGUGCUGGUGUGGAUGAUGCAAAUGACCAAUGACUGUUAUACUCUGUGUAAUAACAAAAUUCAAUUUUCAUAUCAAGUUUUAAAAUGUUGCAAAUUAGUGCUGAGCUAUUAAAUCUUCAGCAGCAGUCUCUUGAUACCGGACAGUUGGGCAUUCAAGGGGAUAUUUUGAUCACUUGCCUUUUUAUACAAUUUGCAUGCUUAACUGAGAGGGAAGCUGUAUUAUUGGCAGAGGUAACUGUUCAGCUGAACAACUUCUGAACAGGAAAUACGAGAUUCUAAUCCCACCUGAAAGGUGUGUUGGAUGAGAUUUUCCACUGCUGCACCAGCCUGAGAGCUGGUGUGUUAGAGACUGCAGAACACUUGCAAUGUCUAGUCUCCAGCUCUGAUAUUAUAACACAAUUGCUUAUUAACCUCUGAUCAAAAGUUUUGUUUGUGUAUAUUCAGCUGCUGUGAUUUUUUUUUUUAAGGUGAAGCUAGGAUCAAUUAUGAAUCAAGAAGGUGAUCUAUUAUUCACAGCUGCUGUUGUAUUUCAGCUAUUGCUUUGAAGCAUUCUUAAAUCUCAGUAGAUUUCUUUAUAAAUGUGUGUAACUUGCUGUCUGAUUUAAAGUAAGAGCUAAUCUUUUUUUCUUUGGACACUUCAUUAAUUCUUUGUGUAUGUGACCUGCAACCAUGGAAAUUAAAGGCUUCUGGUAGGAUAGGUUUGUGGGAAACCUUUUUACAGUUCUGGGGCAAAUGCUAUCUAGUAAUAGAUUUAAAAAGACAUAGAUAUAUAUAAUGAAUUUGACUGUAGUGCUAUAUACAGUUGAGAGAUAAAGCAUUUCUAAAGGGGCUGCAUAGAAUAAGGAAGGACUGCUUUAAAAUCCCAUGUUCAUUCAGUGCAUACAGGCAACUUAAUUUUGGGGCACACAUUUUUGAUUGCUCUUUUCUCGAAAUAUGUGUUUAAAUAAUUAAAACAUGGAAAUCAGGAGGAUAGUAUCUUCCUCUGCUUUGUAUAUUUGGUAGUGUUUUCUGGAUGAUGUCUACAUUAAGCUUUUUUAAAUUUCUCUACUCUUGAUUGCAAAAUUUUCUUGAAACAUCAGAGAAGAAACUUAAAUGUGAUUUUAAGUUAGCAGGGAAAACAUGAAUGCAAGUAUUUUACCUGGAACUGAAGAUCUCUUGAAAUUACCUCUCUCUUUUAAAAAUCAUGGAAAUUCAAGAAGUUUGGCUAUGGAUUCUUCCAGGAGCCAUUACAUAAUUACUGAAACUUCAGUCAGGUUGACAGAGCCACUCAGCUUAUUUUAUGGCUUAGUCAGCUCUGGUUCUCAGUGGGGGAACUGGCUGAUUUCUCUGUCCUUCUCCUUUCUACAUAAUUGAAUUUUGCUGCUAAGAAUCUGGGAGAAGCUUGGUUUGGUAAACUGAUAAAUCUUGACAAUGAAACUAUUUUGGGUAGGGUGUUUUGAUUUUGUAACUGUGCCAUUUCUCUGUGUUACAUACAAGAAUGUGCAAACAAUGGGGAUUUCAUUAAGGUUCUGUAAGCAAACUAUAAUUUGGAAAUUAAAAAAAUUUCAAGUGGUGAA